GCAGACGGAGCAGCCGGAGGAUGGAGCAGAGACCGGAGAGAGGGAUGCCUUACAUCUCAGGCAGACACAUCUGAAAUAUCUCUGCCACAAUAAGGACCCUGCCUUUAAUUUUACACCCAGACUGCGGCUUUUUUUAUCCCUCUUUUUCUUCUUUUUUUUUUCUCCUUUUACGACCAUUUAACCGCUGACACAUGCGCACGAGCCCACUCCACAUAUCAGUCUGUCAACACACCGACUGUUCGUCAAGGAAAAACGCUGAAAACCAGUCGGUAAAACACGUUUUUCCGUGAGGUCUGAGACGGACACACCUCGUGCUGGACUGCCCUGUCACUGCCUCAAUCAACAUGGAUGAAGACAAUCACGUUCCCGAGGAUCUGUCCCUGGAGGAGAGGGAUGAGCUGUCAAACAUCAGACGCAGGAAGAGAGAGCUGCUCGACGAUAUUGAGAGGUUGAAGUUUGAGAUAGCCGAGGUCAUGACGGAGAUCGAGCAGUUGACGUGUGUAGGAGAGAGUAAAACCUCCCAGAGAAACAAACAGAUCGCCAUGGGCAGGAAAAAAUUCAACAUGGAUCCAAAGAAGGGAAUCCAGUUCCUGCUGGAGAACGACCUCCUCCAGCACACUCCUGAAGACAUUGCACAGUUCCUCUACAAAGGCGAGGGCCUCAACAAAACCGUCAUUGGAGACUACUUGGGCGAGCGGGAUGACUUCAACAUCAAGGUGCUGCAGGCUUUUGUGGAACUGCACGAGUUUGCAGACCUCAACCUCGUCCAAGCUUUAAGGCAGUUUCUGUGGAGUUUCCGUUUGCCAGGUGAAGCCCAGAAGAUCGACCGUAUGAUGGAGGCGUUUGCCUCGCGGUACUGCCAGUGUAACCCUGGAGUCUUCCAGUCCACAGAUACCUGCUACGUGCUAUCAUUCGCUAUCAUCAUGCUGAACACCAGCCUACACAACCCCAACGUCAGAGACAAGCCCCCUGUGGAGCGCUUCAUCUCAAUGAACAGAGGUAUCAAUGAAGGAGGAGAUCUGCCAGAGGAGCUUCUCAGGAAUCUUUAUGACAGCAUCAAAAACGAGCCAUUCAAAAUCCCAGAGGAUGAUGGGAAUGAUCUGACGCACACAUUCUUCAACCCCGACAGAGAAGGCUGGCUCCUAAAGCUUGGCGGCAGAGUGAAGACGUGGAAGAGACGGUGGUUUAUUCUGACUGACAACUGCCUCUAUUACUUUGAAUACACAACAGACAAAGAGCCUCGUGGGAUUAUUCCACUGGAGAACCUCAGCAUCAGAGAGGUGGACGAGCCCAGGAAGCCUAACUGCUUCGAACUCUACAACCCCAAUCACAAAGGUCAGGUGAUCAAGGCCUGUAAAACAGAGGCUGACGGCCGGGUCGUAGAGGGCAACCACGUCGUGUACAGGAUAUCGGCCCCCACGCCGGAGGAGAAGGAGGAGUGGAUCAAAUCCAUCAAAGCGAGCAUCAGCAGGGAUCCUUUCUACGACAUGCUGGCCACCAGAAAGCGGAGGAUAGCCAAUAAGAAAUGAUGACUGUCCACCUUAAACCACACCUUCAUCUCAAUUUCUGCAGCCUGCAGAGUCCCUGUGUGUUUGUUAGUGUGUUUUUGUGGGAACCAUGAAGACCUCCUGGUAUUCUUUCAGGGCCCGAGGGUGAGCGGUGGACACAAGUGGGAGUUUUUGAAGAAUUUAGGAAACUUUUUGAAGGAUUUAGUGCAGAAAAUCUUCACUCAAGUGGAUGGAAAAGUGGACACAGGACUGUGGAAGCAUUGCAUAAUGUGGCUGUGACAGGAUUGCCCUCUGCUGGAUGCAUAAGGAAUUUCACCUUCACCGUACAUGUCCUUUGGAAACUGCCAACACCAACGAUAUUUUUUGUAGUAUCCUCAAACUACAAAAAGCCUCAAGCUUUGAAAUCAGCUGGUCUGAUUGUUAGCCAUCAAGAGACUGUAUCUGUAUAUGCAAAUACUCUGAUUUACUCUAAAAAAAUGAAAUUUAAGCUCAUAUACUUUUUCAUUUUGAGUAUGUUUCCUUAUACCUCCUUUAUGGCAAACAAAUUAAUGCAGGUUAGUAAAAAAACAUGAUUUUAAAGUGUUUUGACCCUUUUAGGUGGCCACAGAUUUAGUUUUUCAUCUCAUUGAAUGAAGAUCCAUCCUUGUGAUCAUUUCUUUUGUAUUUAUUUCAACAGAAAGAGGCAGCCCCUGUUUUACAUUAUGCAUGUAAAGUAGUAAAUGAUGUACAUAAUGUUUAUUUUUCUUUGUUGUGUUUAUGUAGCAUGUAAAUCAUAACGGCUGUAGCCUUUACCUGUCACCGUUUUAGUUCACGAUAACAGUUUACAAAGAAUGAAGAAGGGAGGUCGAUCAGUGUGUUAUUAUGACAGACCAGAAAAUACACGGUGUUAUAUGAAGGAAUUAUGGAUUUGAAAAUAGGCUACAGGAAACAAGCGGGUUCAAAAUACCUUUGAGUACUGUGGGAACCUUUACUGGAAUAUAAGGACUAUUUUUUCCCAAACAGAUCAAACUAAGUCACAGCCUAACUUUUCAUUAUUUGAUGCAGUUUUGAGGUUUAAAGUAGUUUGAUCUUAAUUUGGGGGUAAAAGUUCUGAUGAAUACUUUGAUGAUGAAGACUUUGAAUAAAAAUACACGCUGUUAGAAAACAUUUUGUGUGAGCAUGAAUUCACUAAGCCUUGGCAGAUCUUUGCUUUUUCAAAUGUAGAAAGAUUUUUGUGCUAAACAUAAAAGUUAGCUGGGCUACGUUGCCAAAAAGAUUAGGGCUAAGUAUCGAAAUCAGAUUCCAACAUGGUACCAGCACCAACACAUCUGAUACCUACAGUGCCGAAUUACAAGAUGGAUUUUGGUGCUGACUGGCACUUUGGUCGUCUCUUAAGGCGACGUUAUUAUAUGAAUUUAGAUUGAGCCUCUUACAUAUCUCUUUUUAUAAUAAAGUAACAUCCAUUUCCUUGACUUGUACUUUUUAUUGGCGUCUUUUAAAUUACCUCUAAAUCCUUUUUGAUGCAGAGGUAAUUUUAUUCAGCCACCAACUUAAAAAAAAAAAUCUCACAGAAAAUCAUUUCAGACACCGGUUAGGCACCGGCACCACUGAAAAAGUAUCCUGGACUGGAAAAAAUCCAAAAGAUACCCAACUCUAGUUGUUAUUAUUAGGGUAUGUUAUUAUCCUAGAUUUUUAAACUUUUUCUUAAACUAAAUAA